UUGUUAACGCUACCUUAGACGUAAGCCGAAACAACGAAGCUGUGUCUCUAUUCUAACCAUGACUGAAUUUUGGAAGUCAAAUCCAAGAAAGUUUUGUGACUUUUGCAAGUGUUGGUAUGCAGAUAACAAAUCGAGUAAGGAGUUCCAUGAGAGAGGGAAGAGACACAAGGAGAAUGUGGAGGUCAAGAUUGCAGAGCUGCGGAAGAAAGGGCAGAAGCAAUAUGAAACCAAUCAGAAACUUGAUGGCUACCUCAAACAGAUGGAGGAGGAUGCUUUGAAAGCUUUCAAGAAGGACGUUGAAUCGAAUCCUGACCUGAUGCCAGAGUACAAGGUGGCUCUCGUGGAACACAGAGUAAAACAACAGGAAGGGGACCCAACAGCUCUACAGGGGAGCAGAUACCAGCCAGGCCCGCCAGGGGGGACGUCAGCGGGGAUGUCAGGUACCACGGAGACCAUGCCCUCGUCAGAUACCCAGGAGACCACACCCUCGUCUUCAGCCACACCCAGCACUGAGACGCAGGAAUGGGUGAAAGCAGUCAGCCCAGAGGGACACACUUACUACUGGAACACCAAGACAGCAGAGACCCAGUGGGAAAAACCAGCAAACUUCACCUCAUCAAAAGACAAAAGUUCUUCAAAAGGAAAGGCUGAAGGGAAGACAGACUCCGAUUCCGAUGAGGACAGUGAGGAUGAGGAUAGAAAGGAGGAUGCAAAGAGCACGUCGAGAGGAACCAAAAGAACAAACGAUCAUGCGUAUGGUGGAUGGUCAUCUGUUUCCACUGGACCUGAGGAAGUGCCUGACCUCCAACUGCCCGAGAGCCAACCCUCUUUACAUGAGCUCCUACGUACCUGUGGCUGUCCCGUAAGAACCAAGAGAACCAAGUACGAACCAAGUGAUGUAACUAUGCCUCAGUGGACUCUGUCAGAGACAAUGUCAGAGAAGAGAUUUUUGUUGCAUCUGUUAAACAGUAUGAUCCAUGGGAACCAAGAACAAACCAAGUGAUGUAACUAUGCCUCAGUGGACUCUGUCAGAGACAAUGUCAGGGAAGAGAUUUUGUUGCGCAUGUUAAACAGUGUGAUAUUCUGAGGAGAGAGAGGUAUGUUUGCAUUGCUCCCUGAAGAAUUCCGGCCUCUAGACAAUGGAAGCUCCUCACUGGCUAUGUGAACAGGGUGAUCCCUGUAGUAAAGCCAAUGGGAAUGAGUGAAUUCAGAACCGGUAGUCAAAAGGAAAACAGCACUUGCGCUGCUCCACAAAAGUGUCAUGGAGGAAAUUAUUCUUCUUCUUCUUCUUCUUCUUCUUCUUCUUCUUU